UGUAAUAAGGGAAUUCUUUUAUCUUUUUCAUGAAGGCUGCAGGGAAGCUGUGUGGGGGAAGCUGCAGCACCUUUUAGCAGACAAGCAGAUUUCUUUUCCCCUUUAAAUAUCUUUCACAGCUUUGGGAAAUAACCCUUUCUAACCUCCCAGAAGAAAAGAAAACGAAGAACUUUGGAAUUCCAGAUGGCUAAUGAAGAAAAACCAUGCCCAUGUGACAUUGGAGACAAAUUUGAAUAUGAAGGUCACGGGCAAGAAAUUUCUGUUGGGCACAUCAAGGCCUACAUCAACAAGCCCUCUGACAGCACAGACAAAGCUGUGAUUGUGAUUCAUGACGUAUAUGGAUGGCAGCUACCAAACACCAGAUACAUAGUAGAUAUGCUCGCAUCCCAUGGAUAUACAGCAAUUUGUCCAGACUUUUACAAGGGACAAGAACCUUGGAAGCCAUCUAAUGAUUGGUCUGCAUUUGAUGACUGGAGAAAAACACGAGAUUCCAAGAAUAUCAACAAGGAAACGGAUGUUGUCUUGCAGUUUCUGAAGGAACAAUGUAAUGCAAAGAAGAUGGGUGUCAUUGGAUUUUGUUGGGGUGGAGCUGCAGUACAUCAUCUGAUGUUGAAAUAUUCUAUCUUUAAGGCGGGCGUAUCCCUUUAUGGAGUGAUCAGAUUUACAGAGGAUAACUGCAACCUGAUGAACCCCACCUUUUUCAUUUUUGCAGAGAAAGAUGACGUAAUUCCUCUUGACCAAGUCACUGUCCUUGAACAGAAGCUGAAACAGCAGUGCAAAGUUGAGCAUGAAGUGAAAAUAUAUCCUGGACAAACUCAUGGUUUUGUACAUCGUAAAAGGGAAGAUAUUAACCCUCAAGACAGACCUUACAUUGAAGAAGCAAGGAAGGACAUGCUGAAUUGGCUGAGCAGAUACAUCUAACUAUCUAUUCAUCCAAAAAUGCAUCAACUCUUAGCCAGCCAAAUAUGAACAACAUUUUGUCUGUUGUUUUGCCUCUUCCUAGUCCUGAGUCACCAUCACCACUGAACAAAGCCGUUGUAGAUUUAGCUUGUUAGGGAGGUAUCAGGAGCUGAGCUACUGCCACUGCUUACAAGUAGACCAUGCCCAAGUGUGUGAGAGACAUACAGUAGCUAUUGCAAAUGGCAGAUCCUGGUCUUCCCCUACCGGAGGGCCUUCCCCUACCAGAGUACAGUGCAUUAACCACAAUCUACUCAUGGGCAAAACCAAUUGAAUAGUGACCGAAUAAUUGGUUAGGAGCAGAAAAACUGUUUUCUUUUCCUUGGUAACAUAGUCCUGAAACAUAAAGUAAUAAUGUUUGGUAUAAAUUUUAUAUGCUGAUUCAUCUAUUCAAUAAACUUUUAAAUUGAAUUGCA